AUGUCUAGGGCUUCAAGGGAUGGUACCACUAAGUCUGAUGAAGCGCACGUCCAAAAAGGUGUAUCCAGGGCUCCCAGAGUGAGCAAUAUCGCGAGCGAAGCAUCUUCAGUGCUUCAGAGGAUCCAGACGAGCUCGAGCGAUUCUGGAUACAAGAAGACCCACAUGGGUUUCCCGAUGCCGGAAAGGGAGCCCAGAAUCAACACUAGCAUAAGCAGUAUUGGAAGUGCUGUGAUGAAAUCCAGGACGGCAGAUUUCGAGAAGAUCUCCAAGACGGAUCCUGGGAAACCGAAGGCUGCGCCUGCUGGUACCCUCGUCCACGAGUACUUCGAGUGA